AUGUACUUUUAUUCAGAAUUGCUAACGGCGGAUAAGAAGGGAAGUUUUGUCCCUAAGACACUCUGUCUACGAUUGUCCUACGAUUUCUUCAUCAUGUCGACUUCUCCACCUCUUAUCACAAAACCAGAAUCAAAAGAAGACGCAGACUACAAUAAAAUCUGCGAGGAGUACAAACACCUGAUAGAAACAGUACCCAAUGGCAAUGGAUGGAUGGAGAAACACCUAUACAGCUACAAUGGCUUCUGGUUUCACCCCAACUACAUCAAAAACCACUUGCUUCUUCCCAUCUACUUCAAAUCUCAACCCACCGACAUCUUUUUAGCCUCCUUCAUGAAGGCCGGAACCACCUGGCUCAAAGCCCUCAUGUUCGCUACCAUUAACCGCCACCGCUACACCAUCUCCGACCACUAUUUACUCCAACAUGGCCCACAGGGUGCCUUCCCUUACCUCGACAUCGAAAGCUACCCCCCUACUGACUUCACCCACUUGCCUGCUCCCCGAAUGUUCGCAACCCACUACCCUCGCACCCUCUUGCCGCCGUGCAUUACUUCCUGCAAGUUCGUCUACGUCUGUAGGGACCCAAAAGACGUUUUGAUUUCAAAAUGGCAUUUCAUGAGCAAUCAAAGAUCGAAAGAUCUGCCUCCCUUCUCGUUGGAUGAAGCGUUUGAGCUUUUCUGUCAAGGGAUUUCGGACUUCGGACCAUUUUGGGAACAUGUUCUGUCAUACUGGAGGGCGAGCCUGGAAUCUCCGGAUAAGAUUCUGUUCUUGAAGUACGAGGAAAUGAUGAAGCAGCCGGAGGUGGCUCUGAGGAACUUGGCGGCGUUCAUGGGGAAGCCAUUCACGGCGGAGGAACUGGAGAAGGGGGUGGUGGAGAAAAUUGUGGAGCUUUGUAGCUUCGAAAAUUUGAGCAAUCUGGAGGUGAACAAGAAAGGUGUGGUGAAAUUUGGAAAGGUUUUCGAGGUGGAGAAUCGGCUUUUUUUUAGGAAAGGCGAAAUCGGAGAUUGGAAAAACUAUCUGAGCGUGGAGAUGAAGCAACGCAUCGAUGAAAUUACCAAUGAGAAGUUUAAAGGUUCUGGGUUGAUCCUUGACGCAACCACUUGA